UUCAGCCUCCGCGCGAGUCGAGGCGAAAAAGUAGUGUUUAUUUCACUGAGGCUCUCCGAAGAUCAAAAAAAAUCCGAGCCAUCCGGUAGUUUUAAGUGGUAGAAUUCGCUCUAGUUAAGCACAAAAGGUCGCAACAAAUGGCUGAAGCCGACAAAUUAAAUAUCGAUAGUAUCAUAGCUCGGCUAUUGGAAGUACGCGGAGCAAGACCUGGCAAAAAUGUACAAUUAACCGAAAGCGAAAUCCGGGGGCUGUGCCUCAAGUCCCGGGAGAUUUUCCUCUCGCAGCCGAUUUUACUGGAACUGGAGGCGCCACUUAAGAUUUGCGGUGAUAUCCACGGUCAAUAUUAUGAUCUCCUUCGUCUGUUCGAAUACGGGGGGUUUCCCCCAGAGUCGAAUUACCUAUUCCUUGGCGAUUACGUCGAUCGUGGGAAACAAUCAUUGGAAACCAUCUGUCUUUUGCUCGCCUACAAAAUAAAAUAUCCCGAGAAUUUCUUCCUUCUUAGAGGUAACCACGAGUGCGCCUCAAUCAACCGCAUAUACGGAUUCUACGACGAAUGUAAAAGGAGGUACAAUAUAAAGUUAUGGAAAACCUUCACCGACUGCUUCAACUGCUUGCCGGUGGCGGCGAUCGUCGACGAGAAGAUUUUCUGUUGUCAUGGUGGCCUCAGUCCCGACCUCCAGUCGAUGGAACAAAUCCGAAGGAUAAUGCGACCAACAGACGUGCCCGACCAAGGCCUUCUCUGUGACCUGUUGUGGUCAGAUCCUGACAAAGAUCAAAUGGGCUGGGGUGAAAAUGAUCGUGGUGUUAGUUUUACUUUCGGCGCCGAAGUUGUGGGAAAAUUCCUCCAUAAACACGACUUUGAUCUGAUUUGUCGAGCCCAUCAAGUCGUUGAGGACGGGUACGAAUUUUUCGCCAAACGGCAACUUGUCACGCUUUUUAGCGCCCCAAAUUAUUGCGGCGAGUUUGAUAACGCGGGAGCGAUGAUGUCAGUGGACGAAACGUUGAUGUGCAGUUUUCAAAUCCUGAAGCCGGCCGACAAGCGGAAGUUUCAGUAUAACAUGAACGCCGGAAGGCCGGUGACGCCACCUAGAGGAGGCACUAAUAAAAACAAGAAGAAGUGAAUAUAAUUUAUUUUUAAGAUUAGGAUAGCUCUUCGUCUAUAAUUUUAAUCAUUUUAAAUACUAAUACUGUACUGUUUCAAGUAAUGUAUGAAAUAAGGUCUAAAAUUUGUUUUCUUGUCACACUUAUUUAAGUAUUAAAUCACGUGAUGUUAGAAUAACGCCUACUAUGUGAUCGUUUCAUCCAAGUACUGUUAGUAUUUAAAAUGGAGCUGAGGCCAUUUUUGGGUUAUUUUUAGUUGAUAUAAAUCGUGUAAUUUAUUUAAACCAGGAUGUGAACGAGGUGAUGAUCAUAUCAAAUACAAAUAAUGGAAAAUGGCUCUAAUCAGAUUCAAACAUUUACAAUAGGCUGUAUUUGUUUUUAUUUUGGUUUUUAUCCAUCUUGUUUGUUUCUUUGACGUUUAAAAGGCGAUUCUAUUUUUCUAUAUGUAAGGGUUAAGUUUCACGUUUGGCCAAAAUGAAAAUGAAUGGUGGCAACUUAUUAUUUUUUAUCCAACCGUUCGUUCCGUUGACAUUUGUACAUAAUUGCGUUCCAAAACCACCUGUUUCUUUGAUCUGCGUAACUUUUGUCUUUAAUAAAGAUUUUAACAAUUUUCUUUUA